AAAAGGGUGUGGCCACAUAAUCCUCCCGCUCUGCGCCGCCCUAUUAUUCAUGAGGAACAUUGUGUAGAACUAGUAACUGUAUAGGCGCUGGUUGAAAACGAUCCAAUGAAGGAAAGAGUGCUGAAUCAUUUCUUGUAACUGUAAACGGAAGAAAAGAAAAUCAUGGGUAUAUCAUGUAGCAGAGGCUUUGUAGACUGAUGUCCCUGCAGGAUACUCAGAAAUUAUACUCCGUGUUUGCGUGUCAGGACUCGAUUACACUCAGUUUAAGACGCUGGGUUUUGAUUUCAGAUCGAGGCUUGGAACGCACGGAUGUAAAUAGUGAGUAGACGACGCCCGAAACCCGCCUAGUGAGCCCGAGCUCAGCCAGUGUUGGCGAGUAGGAGAUAAUCCAAGUCUUCAGUUUGGUGCUCGACUGAUAAAAGGAGAUGGCGACUGGCGAGCACAGAGCAGUAACGUGAGGGGGAGGAGCUAAUGUCACUUCUCUGGGACUUCAGUAGGACUAAAAUGACUCACAUCAUCUCCUGGGAGCCUUUCUCAGGGCCUUGUGUCUCCAACACACACGUGACUGUAUUUAUCUGUGGCCUCUGCGUCACCAUGGAAACCAGACUCUAAAUUCCUUCUUCAAAAUGAACCAGUGACAUUCGUGUCGUUCUUUCUCUGGGGUCGAGUCCUGUCACCUCUCCAGUAGUGACGAGCGAAAUGUCUCAUCAGAUUUCAAUUUGAAUAAAAAGAUUUGUAUGAAUUGUGCAAACAAACAAAAAACGCCAAAUAUUCCCGUCUCAAGAUUUUGUGGCCAAGCGAAAUGUGACAAAUUUGACUCUCUUGACUUUCAACGUCUGACUUUGCUUCUUCCAGUGCCAACGGCUUUAUACAGAGCUUUUCAAAGUACAUCCAAGUGGUGACCGUGAAUUUGAGAGUGUAGAGUUGGGGGAUAUGCGAAAAAAGAAGAAAACCCCUCGGCAAAUUAUCCACUUUGCAAGUGGUGAGACCAUGGAAGAGUAUAGCACUGAUGAGGAAGAGGCGUUACAAGAAAGAAAGGAUGUUUUGCCAGCGAUUGACCCGUCAAAGUUAACCUGGGCUCCAUACUUAUGGUUCUAUAUGCUGCGUGUGGCAACGUCAACUCUUUCAGUUUGUGAUUUCUUGGGGGAGAAGAUAGCUUCUGUGCUGGGUGUCAGUACCCCGAAGUACCAGUACGCUAUUGAUGAAUACUACAGAAUGCAAAAAGAGGCAGAAGAAGAGGAGGAAGAGAACGAAAUGUCAGAAAAAGCAGAGAAGCAAUACGAGGAUCAGCAAAGCAAGAGCGAAACAGCCACACAGCAGCCUGAGCCCAUCGCCAGCUCCUUUGUCAACAUUAGUUUUGUCAUGGAAGAAGGGGACGCAGUCAGUCUGUCCAAAAAGCAGGAACUUUCUGCUGUCCCCACCUAGGAGUGAAUGGCUUUGUUGUCUUUGUGCUGGGAACUGAAGGGAAAAUCACUCUUGCCAAAAAAACUGUGCCUUCCUCAGAAACUUCUCUCCAAAUGAAAAGUCUACAACCAUCCAGCUGUAACUUGUACCAGUGAUAUUGGCACACGUCGGUACCGAUGAUGAUUCCGGCAUGCAGUUUGUUAUUGAAGCAACAGGAGAUAUAAAAACAACCCCCCCCCCAUCUCAUGGGCAAUUCCCUGUGCACAGCCUUGUAAGGAUCAAACAUGAACCAUCAGGGUCAUAGAGGUUCAAGUGCAAAGCAUUACCAAGAUUUGCUCUAUUAACAGGUCAUUCUGUUCAAAGCCUUUUCUGUGAUGACUACUGGGGGGGAACGAGCAACGGUCAGGAAAAAAUGUACAUUUUCAAACUUACAUGACUUAGAGGGGAACUUUCAUGAAAAUGUAAUAUAAGCUUCAUCAUACUGAAAUAAGAAACUUUGUUAAUACAAUCAAUUAAAUAUUCUGUACUGUUUCUGAAAUAAUCAAGUUUAUCUUCACUAUUCCCACUAUUCUCAGCAUCUGUGUUUCUUCAUUCUGUCUUCAUGCAGCAGUU